CGCGCGCAGUUUCACUCCCUACUGUAUCGAUGAAGUUGCCUAAAGAUGGCGGAUUUCCUGCCGUCCCGGUCCUUUCUAUCCGUUUGUUUUCCAAACUGUCUUCUCAACAGCAACGAGGCGGAACAACUAAGGAAAUCUAAAGAAAUAGACAGGGGUCUUUUGAAAGACAAAACUUAUGUGAAACGGUUGGUCAAGAUACUUUUGCUCGGCGCCGGGGAGAGCGGCAAGUCCACUUUCCUUAAGCAGAUGCGCAUCAUACACGGGCAGGACUUCGAUCAACGGGCCAAAGAAGAGUUCAGAGCCACCAUUUACAGUAAUAUUAUCAAAGGUAUUCGAGUGCUUGUGGAUGCGAGAGAGAAAUUGCAUAUCCCAUGGGGAGAUUCUUCAAACCAGGCACAUGGAGGCAUCAUGAUGGCUUUUGACACACGCUCAGCUAUGUUAUCACAAGGGAUGGUGGAGACAAGAGUGUUUCUAAAGUUCCUGCCUUCAAUACGUUCCCUGUGGGCUGACAGUGGCAUACAAAAUGCAUAUGAUCGGCGCAGGGAAUUUCAGUUGGGUGAAUCGGUGAAGUAUUUCCUGGAUAACUUGGACAGACUGGGAACACCGGACUAUCUUCCCUUACAGCAGGACAUUCUGUUGGCACGUAAGCCCACCAAAGGCAUACACGAGUACGAUUUCGAGAUCAAGAACGUACCCUUCAAAAUGGUGGACGUGGGCGGCCAGCGGUCGGAGCGCCGCCGGUGGUUUGAGUGCUUCGAUAGCGUCACCUCCAUCCUCUUUCUGGUUUCGUCCAGCGAGUUCGACCAGGUGCUGAUGGAGGACCGCGAGACCAACCGCCUCAUGGAGUCGCUCAACAUCUUCGAGACCAUAGUCAACAACCGCGUCUUCAGCAACGUCUCCAUCAUCCUUUUCCUCAACAAGACGGACCUGCUCGAGGAAAAGGUCAAAACGGUGGCCAUCAAGGACUAUUUCCCCGAGUACACAGGGGAGCCGCACAGCCUAGCAGACGUGCAGAAGUUCCUGGUGGAGUGUUUCCGAAACAAACGUAGAGACCAGCAGCAGAAGCCUCUGUACCACCACUUCACCACCGCCAUUAACACAGAGAACAUUCGACUGGUCUUCCGUGACGUCAAGGACACCAUCUUGCAUGACAACCUCAAACAGCUCAUGCUGCAGUGAUGCUGCUCCAACACAUCCUUCACAUGUCUCCAAAUUCACCCUCUUCAGCUCAGAUGUUUGUACUCCAUACAGUAACCUUUCUGAAUAGCUCUGACAUGCUUUUACGUGGGGAUGCAGGCCUAGCCUAGCGGUCUGUCGGGAGCACAGAAUGGCAGGGUUUCUCCCUCAGUGGCCAAGGGUAGUUAUCCUCUUAAACAGAGUAAGGUUAGAGAAGAGAGUGUGUCUGUCCACUCACACUUGUUGUUGUCCUCCUUAUUCAGCCUGCCAAGAGAUGCUGUAUGUGUCAUUAAACAUUACCCUCCGUCAGUGAAGCCUUUCACUGCAGGUGCCAAAAGCAGUUCCCCUAUGUUACUAACAACAGCGGAGGGAGGAAGGUUUUGGUGGAGAGCGAAAGCGGGAGGAUGUCUUAGCACUGUCCUGAAUCUGUUACCUUUUGAGCCUUUUAUUACUGACCAAAUAGUGAAAUGAGAUGAGCAAACGCUUGUGAUGUUUUAACCUUUUAACAGGAACUAUGUUCUGAGCCUCUCCGUCAGAAACCUGCCCGGCCUUAAUUUCCCCCCCGUGUUUUUAUUACUUGUAGUUGUCUAUUCAAUUGGUCAGUUUUAGAACUCUGUUGUUUUUAAUAUAGAUAUAUGACUAUAUUUACCAAUAAGAAUCUAAGUUAUAUUUCAAAAGGUUUACACUUUUCGACUUUCCUCUGCUGAUGGAUAACGCUUACGAUCCGAGAUUUUUGUUUUCAACGUUUUAUACCACUUGAUGAUAAACUGAAUUUUUACUGCGGUUAGCCAACGCGAGGCGAGCGGAUAAAUACAGUUUAUAUGGCGUAAACUCAGGGCUGAAUGUAGACCACUUUAAUGUAUUGAUGAAACUAACUCUGCUCGCCUGAAGCCUUCAGGAACGUCUACUUAUUGUAACUCUCCAUCAGUGGUUGGAAAUCAUAUUUUCUUUGCUGGCCUGCAGACAUCAUCCUUUCCCUUAGCUCGAGUCCUUACAGUUGUAUUCGUUUGUCCAUCAGGGAAUGAAAAACUGUGUCGUCUUAAUUUAUUCGUUGUUUUGUUAACUAUUACUGCCUUUUUUGGUCAGACCCCAACCAUUUUUUCAGAGUUUAGGACAACAUUGCUAACAAAUGCUUCUGUAUUGACAUGUUUCGCAAGUGCCACACGUUUAAGGUACCAAUAAUUUAGAUCACCUGUCUGCAUGUAUAUGCAUACAAAAGGGAUAGAUCUCACUUGUGAACAUUCUCCCUCUCUUUAAUUGUGUAUAGCUACUUGUAUAGUGCCAUGUCCACUUUGAAUACUACUGUUGUAGUAAGUAUUUUAUGUAAAUAGUCUGUAUCUCACGCACCUCACUCUUUUCUAAAGGAUAUGUAAUCAACACUGAAUAUGUAUAGCUGUUUUUGCCACUGUGUACUUACACAAUCAACUGCCUGUUUCUUUUGUAAAAGCUGACUGCCUCCCAGUAAUGUGCUCCUUUCUGUCCGUUCAGAGUUUUGUCCUUCUUUUUGGCUGGCUCAUCUCUGUUUUGAGGCAACUUUGGUUGUGAAUGGUGCCUGUAUAUGUGUCUAUGCAUUUAGAUGCUGCUGGUUUUUAAUGGUUGCAGUACCGGCCGAUCAAUGGCCGGCAGUAGAGGAGUCAUUGUCUGGUUUCAGAUUCUGCCAUAUGCCCCUGGCUGAAGGCCCAGGAGGCUUGUGAAUGCAAGUAUUACAUCUUCACACUCUGCUGACAGUAUCCUGUGUCUUCUAGUGCCAGUUAGUGCCCAACCAAUGCCUGAUCAGGCUUUGCAUGAUUUCAUUCAUGCGCACAGAUAUGAACAGGGACUGUGGUUUGGUAUUAGUCUUAAAAUUGGCGUGACACCAUGCAAACCUAAAUGGCUCCAAGCACAAGCACUGGAGAUUCUGAAUGAUUUACCUUUGAGUAUGCGAGUACAUUUCAGCGUUUUUACAUAGAGUGUCAAUCUCUAGUAUUUGAUGUGAUCUGUAUUGUCAUAGGUGCCUAGCUAUCAAACGUUUGUCAGUUGCUGACUUUGCGUUACCUGACAUCCACAUAGAGAUCUGAGCUCCGAAACCUAAAAAAGCAAGCGUUACAUACCUUGAAAAAAGAGGAAAUGGUCGAGAACGCUUGUGAGUCACAACAAGCUAUCCUUGUCUGUUGAUAACCACUGACCUCCUGUCUGUGUGUAGGCACAGGCUCAGUUGAGCUGUGCUGGCUCUGUAGGCAAACCCAAGUUCUUGUGAAAAUGAUGUCCCUUUCUGGUUUAGUUGAAAGGCCUGUAGGUAUGACGGGGGGGGGGACAAAAGCUGCCACUGUCGUUGUCAUGGCGACACCAACCAACACCUCAAUCCCUCUGUUGGAGUGCAUUAAGGCACCUGAAGUGCAUUUUUUCUUUGUUGACAUCUUAGCGGUUAAUGUGAUGUUCCCUCAGUUGACAUGUUAAAAAGGAUGAUGCUGCACACAUACAGAUACACUACUAAGAUUCCUUCUCUGUGUUUGAGAUUUAAACUGGGCUUUAUUCUCAAAGUCUUUAAUAUUUGACUUCCAAAGUGUCGCAGUGAAUACGAGUUACGAUUCUCCACUUUUCUUAAAAAAUGAACACACUGUAACACUCUGAAACGUGAUUGUGAUCAGAGAUAGCAGAUUAGUGUUUUUCAUUUGUGCCCAGAUAAUCAAGGUUGAAUAUUAGAAAUAUGCCUGCCACAAAAUCUAAUUCCUUGUGCCUCCUGUUUGAUGCUUCAGAUCUUUCCGGGCUUUUUUGUACUUAGGUUUUUUAAAAUUUUGAUUUAUGUGGAGUCCUCAAAAUAAUUCAUAAUGAUUCCGAGUGAAAGACUUGUGCACUCAGUAUAGAUUAUAGCUUUCAUUGUACAGUCUAACCUAUGCUUCCUCACUCUUCAUCAUUGACUCAAUAAAAUACUUUUUCAAAAA